AUGGCAACGAGUGUCGGACUGGCCAUGAACCCCCCGCACAGCAGCGAGGAGAGGGCGGUGUUCACGCAGCUGAAGCCGGUCAGGAUGUCCGGAGCGGAGGGAGCGGAGGAGACGUCCGUGUUCGAGGACGUCAAACCCGGGGUGAGAGUUUACGCAGAGCCGCUGGGACUCUCCGGGGGUCCGGUGUGAGUGUGUGUGUGUUUGUGUGAGUGUGUGUUUGUACUUUCUCUCCUUCUUUACUUCACUUUAGUUUCCACAUAGAAUCACGGUCACAGGUGGAAAGAAAAGUUCGUUUUUGAGGGCAAACAAAGGAGCGAAGAUCCUUUUUUAUGACCUGCAGCAGCAGCAGCGUGUCUGCUCUCCUCCUGCCUGUUCAAGGAAGCAGCUCACCUGUACAGGUAGUUAGACACGCAGGUUAAAGUCCUACACAGACACCUGACCUGUAAGAAAACCCAGGUGAAGUUCACCUGGAGGCUCAGUUUAGCAGUUCUGCAGUAAAAAUAAGUCCAAUAAAACUUAUUUAGUUGUUUCUAAGGCUCCAGAAGGAUGGAUUUUAGGAACUUAAGAAGUUGAGUUUUGUUGACGGUGUUUUAAAGCUUCAUCAGGUUUGUUGUGGUCGUUAUUUUUGGCGUUUCCCACUACCUUCUGAGCUGUUUUGGACACGGUGGUCCUAAUAUCUCGCUGGCUUUCCUUGUUUUGCACGUACAUCUAUUCUACUGUCUGAGACUAUAUCUCAUUUGUUGUGACGUCAUUGAAUACGGCUCUCAGUUUGCAGAAAACGAUCAAAAUAAUCUUUAAUAAUCCAAACAAAUUCACUGAAUAUGAACAAUCCUACACAUGCACAUUUAAAACACAUGCAGCCACCACAGUUAAAAUGUGUGAACAUGAUUUUUAUCCUAUUUUUUAUUCCCUAAUGCAGCUAUUCUGUAAAAAAAACAAAGCAAGGUGAUAUUUAAUUUAAAAAGAAGCUGUUUGUGCAUAUAGAGGAAGAAAGAAGCAGAGUCUGUUUUGUCCACAGGGGGCGCCAAAGUUGACCCAAGUCAAAAGUUGCUCACAGGAGCUUUAAUCUGAUCACCUAAAAGUGAUUUGUCUUUGGAGAGAUGGGCUGAAAAUGUACAAAUCAGCAGAUUAUUUCACUAUUUGAGUAAAACUGCUGCACAGAAUAUGGUGAUUAAAGAGAGCUGAGGUACUGGUGGGGUACGUUUAUUUACAUUUUACAAAUUUAAUAUUAAAGACAAACAUUUUUAACAGUUUGAACAGACUGUAAGUUCAUGACAGGAGCUUUAAAAAAGAUUUUUUUCUGUCAGUAUGAAUGAAGAAAAUCGAACAAAUCAAAACUCCUCACAGGAAGCAGUACAAUAUGAGACUUUAGUGAGCACUUUGUUAUUUACCACCAGUGUUGUUCUUGUCAAAAUCCCCCAAAACAGUGAGGUGUCAUUUUUGCUCACCCCUAAGCUGAAACUAAGAGUCAUUUCCUGGUUGUUUUUAAUGAAUGAAGAGCUGCAGGAGUCGAUCACAUGAUGCAGAAGCAGGAAUUCAAGAAAGACCUGAAUCUGCUGCGUCCACCGUGGUCUCUGAUCCCAGAAAACGUGUGUCGCAGCAGGUUGUAAUCUCAAAGUAAUACUCGCUGAUAAACGGCGCCUUCUCCUGACCCUGACCACCUCGCCGCCUCCUUUGUUGCCGCAGAGAUCUGAUCACAGCACAGACAUGACAGCCGCAUUAAAGAUAAAUGGCGGUGAAUGGUACAUCGACCCUGCGUGAUCACAACAGAGCACAAACAGAAAUCGGACGCUUGCGUGUGGUGCUGAGUUUGGCCUCUUUCCAGGUGUUUGGUAAACAGGUGACAGACCCGGACACCUGAGGCUCAAACCGCUCUGCUCGUCCGUGCAGAGCCCACCUGCAGGUCGGCGCUCCAUGCUUUUUAUUUCAGUGAGAUGUGGUGGACUCUGUGUCCUCCUGCGCUGAAGAGGUCAGGUUUCUGCUGCUGCUGAUUUUUUAUGCAAACGCAGAGAGGAAGUGGUCGCAUGCUUGAGCUGCUGUAAACAGACUUUAUCGUCUUCAUCGGAGUUCAGGCUGAGAGCUCGUAAAAGAUCAGGCUUUUAGUUUUUAAAUAUCUUCAUUUGUAGCUUCCACUGUUUAAAAUAUGGAGACAAACAGACUUUAGUGGUUCAAAAGUCAUUUAAAGAUUCAACCCUCCUCCUGUGUUCGUGUCUGCACCGACCUGUUUUAGAUUUUAAACACUUAAAAGAACCUCUUAAAUCAGCUUUCAGGAACCUCUAUUUCAACAAAAUAAAAAUAAAAACAUUAAAUUCACUAACUUAUAAAAUGCUCUUAUUAAAAUUAUGACACUUGUCGUGUUAGAGUCGCUGUUGACCCGGUUAGAAAAAGCAAAAAUUGGAGUAAAAACUGAAAUCAUAAGUGCACUAACAGUCAGAUCCUCUUCCAAUCAUGUGAGAUUUAAGAAAUUCUCAUUUUCCAUGUUUCUCCUGCACAAAAAAACAACAUGGGGCAUGUCCAGACAUGUGAGAUCAGUUCAGGAUGAUUAAGUCUAACAAGGUAACUUAGAGAUGAGAACCAAACUGGAUGAUUGAAAUUUGUUUUUAGUGUCAUUUACAGCUGAUUUAAAACACGGGUCAAGACCGACCCUCAACAUGUAGUGUUAUGUUGUUCGCGAACGAUUCGUUCAAAAGAACCGAAUCUUUUAAGUGAACGCACUGAAUCGACUCGCUUCCUCGAGUGAUUCGUUUGUCUCUCACUUAAGUUGAGCUGAAGUGAGAAACAGUAUUGCCAGGCCAGCAGCCGGCGAACGCGGGACCGCGUGCACCGACGCCUGAAUCACAGAGACCUUAGGCCAGUCCAUAACGGACUACAGCGGGGUGCCGCAGCUCAAGGAAGAACAUUUAUGAUCAUUUCUCCAUGGAAAUACAAUCAGACCGAGAUGCUAAGGCAGAAGAACUACUGCGUCUGUAAAAUGAUCAAUAUGAUGAAUGAGUGCAGCUUCGUCUGAUGAUUGAAGACCCUCUGAGGUGACGAUCCAGAGCAUGUCGUCGAUCUUUACUUUAUUGAAUUUACUUGGAAUUUACUUUGCAAAACAAAAUGAUACUUUUCACUUAACAAUAAUGAGGAAAUCGAGACCCGAUGUAAACAGGGUUAAAAACUAUUGUGCUCUCAAAGACGAACAGCUGCACUAAUUACCCAAGAAAAACCUGCAGGUCUCGAAUUACACGUCUCCUCCAAUAGGAGAGCUGCAGUAAUAAUCAGCGUCAAUUAAACUAAACAACUGUUUAGCCUCUCAGGAUUUUAAUCAGGAUAAACAACAAAAAUGAUGAAUUAUCUGUCAAAUGAUCAGUUUUGCACAAAUGGCUCCAACAUGGUGAUUAUUACUUCAAGGAAAUGAUGAAGAAAUGAUCAUGAUUGAUUGAUUGAUUGAUUGAUUAAUUUUAUGGCAGAAUAUCCCUUUAAAGCUGAACAGCUGAUUGAGGUUUUCAGAGCAACAUGUGCAGCGACCCAGAUAAUGAUGGAGAAGACAGGAGCUGAACUGGCCUCCUGACAGCAGAGGAGAUUCUUUAUCAGACAAGAACGGACUCCAGAAACUGGUCCUGGUUCAGGUUUUCCUGUUUUAUUUUAGAGAGAGGUUUUUCAGUAUCCCUGUUUUCAUAGAUUUGAGGUCACAGUUUUUUGUAUUCUAAAGUUUUCCGGGCUUUGUCUCCUGCUCCGUAGACGUGGAAACGCCGUGCUCUGUCUCUGCUUGUCUUGCAGCACAUACUGUGUUCUGUAUGUAGGUCAUACUGACUGUCAUAAACCAGAGACGACGGAUUUUACAGCCUGAAAGAAGCCGUUUGCUGCCUGUAAGAUCCCAGGAACCUCAGUCAUGUUUGGUUCAGUGUUGAAUUGUCGUAUUUUUGACUCCGACGUUUCCAUCCGAUCCUCUAAACAUCAUCAGCGUGUUUUUUUUUCUGACGCUCAUCUCUGCUUCUUCCUCUUUCUCUUUGCUGGUACUCGAUGUUAUGCAAAACCUGGCUUUGACAAGAACAAAGAAGUCAGGUUAAGUGAAAUAGUUACCCCCCAGGCAAAUGACUGCCAACCACAGCCUGAGAGGGUUUACCUUAUGUGCUCUUGAUUCACCGUGAAUGUGCAUGAAGCAUGUUUGCUAAUGCAUUCCUCUCUGUCGGCUCAUUUCAUCAGUUUUUUUUUCUGACUUCCUCUCUCUGUAAUCUUGAACAGAGAGUCUCUGCUCCAUCAGAGUUUGGGGUGAAACCGUCGUCUUCUUCUGGUCUCUUUUUUCCACUUUCCUCUCCCCUCUGUCAGACACGUCUCUGUGUCAUUGUGUUGGUGUUUUUAACAGCGUUUAGCUAAGCCUCUGCCGUGACAGCAGUAUGUUGCCCGACCUGUCUGAGCAGGGCCCGCAUCUCCACAGGCCGCCUCCAGGCAUCGAGGAGGAGGAGGAUGAUAAAAGCUGACCUCAUGAGAAAGUCUGAGCGGUGAAAGGCUGAUGAAGCUCCUCCAACAUCACACGGGUCUCUACUUUAGCGAAAUGUGACGUUAUCGUUGUACUUUCUGGAGGGUCGCGUGAGCAAAAACGUGACUGUGUCAGAGUUCGUAUUUUCUGAAAAAAGGCACGUUGGUUUCAGAAGCAUUUCCGAACUUUUUAUCUGUAUUCGAAAAACGAUCUGCAGACAAUCCAGACCAGCGCAACGAUAACCUAUCAGAUUUUAGAUAUGAGCAGCUGUCUGUCUUCGACUUGAGGCGAUGUUGACGAGCGCUGAGAACCAAAACAGAGCAGUCAGGCGCUUCACAAACCAGAACAACGAGCUCAGAGAUGUUUAUUUAUUUAGAGCCGCAGAGAAAACUGCCAAAGGGAAUCAAUAACCGUCUAUUGAUCCAUCUGAACAUGAACAAAAAUGAUCAGAUGGUAAACUUGAAUCUUUUAGACGUUAUUAUUAACAAUUUCAGUUUUUCUAACAUCGUCUUCACCGCACAGAUCAGGUCUCAAUCUACAUACUGGGAAAAUAUGAGGUUUUAGUUGGGUGUCAGCUCGGCUGGCAGCCCCCAAAGCUCUGCCGUUGAGCAUCAUACAAAUACAGAAUUCACAGUUACGUUGGAAAAGCUGUGGCGUUGAUACAUAAGAGGGGAAGAAAUGUUAAAUUAAUCUUUUACUCUGACGUUCUCCGGUGCACAAACACAGGAUAUCUGUGUGGGCUGCAAGCUGAGCUGCAAACAAAACAAAACCCUUAAAUUUCAAGGACCAAGAGAGACUAUUUCUGAAGUUUUCUCUUUAAAAGUUUUAACCCUGGUCAGAUUUGAUGUUCUGGUUUUCCCCCUCUGAUAUUUUCAUUAAAAAGUGACUGAAGGAACUUUUUAAAAAACUCAGCUGAGCACUUAUCGUCUCGAGCUCUCCUGUCACAGUUAAAGAGUCAGUUUUUACAUUUAUCUCAGUCUCUCUUUUUAGACCAGCUGAGUUGGCGUUCAGGUUCCUCUUCCCUCAUUUUUAUGAUUUUUUUCCUUGACGCACCGACACUUCAGGCACCCCGACAUUUUGAAAAAAGAGGAGACAAUAAAACUUCUUUCCAAACUGGGACUAUAACAGAAAAACGUCUCUGGAGAGCAGCAGCAGCUCAGAUUUCCUCGACACUGAACACUGCAGCAGAUAUUUAAGGUCUAAUAGAAACUACGACUGAGAGUCAGGUUUUUGUCGGCAGCAGCAGCAGCUCAGUUCACAGCCCCCAAAGAUGUUCUGUGUCCAUGUUCCAAAGGGCAUUAAGAAAAACUGAUUUAUUUCACCAAGAAACUUAAAUAUUAUAGUUUCUUAAGCUCUGAUUGAUAAAUCCAUUUUCAAAUAUAUCAGCAGAAUAUCGUCAAAAACAAUUAUUUUGUCCAAAUCUGAGUGAAACUUGAGCUGCACUUCAGUUUAGUAUCACAAAUAUAGAGCUGGGCGAUAUUGCCUUAAAUCAAUAUCAUGAUAUAUUGAUCAGUCUCUGACUUACGACAGCGUCUUAAAGGGACAUGAGACCAUCGCCUACCUACACACAUUAAAACUAACUUUGAUUUAUUGAGUUUUUUGACACCGAAUAUACUGACAUGGACAAAAUGACGUCGGUUAUUGUCAUUAAUUUUAGUAUCAGUACAUUUUGGGUUUAUCGCCCAGCCCUAACAUUUACUCAGACAUGUUUUCUCCUGUUUGUAAUCGGCUCCAUCUCAGCAGCAGUAAUAAAUCACUGAUAUAAAACCUAUUUCUAGAUUCUUCUGAUGUUGUGUCACCGUGAAGACGGCAGAGGAAGUUACAGAGUAACUUCUACAGAGAGCGUGUCUCCGCUCUGCUCUAAUGAUUCCUGAAGAUCAAUACUCAGAUAUGGUUUGAAGUUUGGUCUUCAGUUAUUCUUCACAUGUGCGGAUCGUUCAGGGACUCUGAUGAAUGUGAGUUUCAGCUCCUCAGGUGAAUUAUCGGACCGUGGUCCACCUUUGCUGCUGGAGGUCGGCGUGUUUUUGCUUCGUCGAAUGAUUUGACUUCCAGGACAACAAAAGCUGCAGAUUUGCAUGAGCGAGCGUCUGCUGACGAGUCUCUGCUGGUUCACAGAUGGAUGAUGGGAAAAAACAUGAUUCAUGUUGUUGUGUUGGUUCUUGUAGAGACUCGGAGGACAUGGAGACACUUUGGUCUUCACUAUUUCAGGUCGGAGGUGGAGUGAGCGUCUCUGUCUCUCUGUCUCUCUGUCUCUGUCCUCUCACUGCUCUUACUCGUCGGUUCGGAUGUCGGGUCCUCCGUCGUUGUGAAACAUCUCUUGACUCUGUAUGCACGCUGUUUUUAGUGGUUGUCAUGGCGAUAUUUGCGCUGAUAGAGAUCACAGUAAGUCAACAGUGAGACGACUGAUGGUAUGAAAGCUUUAAACCUGCAGAAAUCACAAACGUAUCCUGACAUAAAAGCUGAAUUUGUUUUCUGUGUGUUUGUCCUGGAAAACAUCAGAGUACCAGUUUAUCAAUGAAGAUUCUGGACCCGGUUCUGCUUCUCAGUUCUGGUUCCUGUCUGUUCUUGAUUCUGAUUCCUGUACUUUCUGAGAAAAAAGUCACUUUAAAGAGGAAAAACUUUAUUUUUGGGACGAAUAGACUCUCGACAAAUCAACAAGAAAAAUCUGUUUAAAACUCUUUAAGAUAAUGAAGAAUUUUUACUCGUUUAUUUUGCUCUUCACAGAUUCCUGCACUACAGGGUCUCUUUUUGAAAGUGAGAUAAAAUAUGUUUGAAAUGAUUCGUUCACCUCAGCAGCUGAGAAAAUCGAUUUGUUGACGUGAACGUGUCCUCCUCCCCAAAACUAGGGGGCGAUAUGGGUCUUUACAGCGGCGCUGUCACCGGACCUUUUUUAAAGAUGUCUCCGUUUCUCGUUUUGCAACCGUCCAAAUACUUUAAAUGUCCAUUUCUGUCAGGAUGGAAACCAUAACAGUGCUCUCCUCGUCGUUCCAAAAGUCGAGCAGCACCAGCAUCAUGUGGUCAGUCCUGUUUUCAUAGAUGCUGUUUGCAGAGGAAGUCGUUUUGUCAGUGACGAUAUUUAGUGUAAUCUCUCGUUAAAGUUGAUGCUCCCUCUAGUGGUCGUCUGUAUUAUUGAAAAAAAAAACCCUCAUUCCUGCAGAAUCUCCGUUUUCAAACCCACACAGAUCCAUCGUUUGACUCAUCCCUCUCAGAUUGUUUGGUCUGCUGAUGUCAUAAUUACCCAUCAUGCCCGGCCGUGCCCCUGCAGACGGCCGCCUGUUUCUUAAUACCUGCGGUCUCUAAACUCAUCUGCCGGUUGAUCCCCUGGGUGACUGUCUUUGUUUACGUCUCAUUUGUCUGGAAAAACAGUGAAAAUCGUUCACGUGAACGAUGAGAUCAUCCUGUGGUGAGGGGGGGGGCAGGAUCCAGGUCUGAUAACAGACCAGGACUUCCAGCAAACUGAAUCUGAGAGGGAGGUUUUCUUUUUCUCCUUUUCUUCUGGAGGUAAAAAUCUGAAACAAAGAGUGACAAUGAAGAGGAGACAGAAAUAGGACAGCUGGUGACGCGGCGUGGUCGUGUGAAAGGACGUUAACAAGAGGACGCCGCGGCGGAUUCUCAUGGUGACACAAAAACUGGAUCAGAGUCGGAUCAUAUUUCAGCUGUGAGGUUUAGUUUCUCCAGAAAGAGAGAAAAUCAGCUCUUGAAUAAACUUCCAUGUUUUAUUGUGAUAAUUGAAGGAAAUAUUGAGUAACUCUGACAUGGAAGUAUUGACUGAUCUCGAAUCGCUCCCUUGCUCACCUCCUCCUCCUCCUCCUCCUCCUCCUCCUCUUAUGGUGGCAUUUAAGGACAAGAAUCUCCUCGAUAAUUAUGUCGCUCCAUUUGUCCGUCAAUGUCUAUCAAAACAACUUCUUCUGCACUUAACAGCCACCGUCUAGGGCUGUGAAGUCCAAGUCGACUUAAGUGCUGAGUCGACCAAAACUCUGAUUGGUCGACGCAAUUUUUCGUCAAUUUUCAGUCUACGGUUCAUUUCAAUAGGAGGAACGUACCAAGUGUUAAUGGGGGAGUGUUUCAGAGCUCCCCCAUUUCACAGGUAAACAGCCUGUCUCAAAACACCCCCCAUGUUUUUACCGUUUUUCACCAGAUUUAGCGACAAGAUGGCUGCCUCCAUGGACAGGGACCUGCUCCCAUGAAACGUCGGACGUUGAAGAGACUUGUAGAUCAAGUCAGUAUUGGGUUGGUCGAUCAAAGACCACAUCUAGACGUCAGUGCGACAUGCAAAACAGAUUAGAAAUUUCUACGUCCAAACUGGACCUCUUUUGGACGUUGAAAUGACGUCCACGUUUGUGCCUCAUCUGGACGUGUGUGUGUGGUCCAACAAGGACCAAAUCUAGACGUCGGUUCAACGUGCGAAAUAGAUCCAAGAUUUAGACGCCACUAUUAUACCUCUGUUAGACAUUGAACUGACGUUCACAUCAACAUGUAAUUUGGAUGUGCUGUCCACCACCGGAUCUACAAGUCGUGUUAACGUCCAAAAUUGGUCCAAGAUUUAUAUUGACCUGUUUCAGACGUCAAAACCACAUUUAGUCACUUUUAGGGUUAAUGGAGUUGACAACAAAUUAAAUAAACAUGUUUAAUAGUAGCUGAAGACUGAAAAGUGGUAAAAAUGACAUAAAUACACUAAAUUUGCAUUUAUAAACACAUGACUGUGAGAGUAAUGAGACUGAUUCUGUCUGUAAUUGAAUUAAAAACAAUAAAACAUUUAAAAACAGAGAAAUUUCUGUUGUUUGUAACCUCACAUGGGUUUAUAUCGGAGUGGAUUUUGACCGCCCGGCUGUAAACUCUCAUUUUUAUUCAUCCGUGUCUCUUGAAGUCACAACAGGCCGUCCUAUCUCUCCUCCAUCAGCGGUCAUAAAGCGGCUCUGCAGUCUCAAAGGUUUUGUUUUUGCUCCGAUGACCCUGCCAUGAUUUCUGCUCUGUUGAUCCACAGCAGACCCCCCCCCCCCCCGACAUUAUCAGCUCCAUUUUUUUAGUUUUAUGGAGAUCCAAAGGCGAACGGCCGCUCUUACUCCGCAUUCCUCAGAGUCAUAAAGACGACCCGCCGCGCAGACGCAGACGAUUGUUUUGCAAUUAGCAGUCAGGGAACGAGGUCUGGAGGUGGAGACGGAGGGGGUCAGAGGCUUUAGGGGGCAGAGAGAGGUCAAAGGUCAGCUUUGAUUGUCAUGAAAUAACAGAUAUUAUAGUAAUAAUCUGAAUGAAUCGUGGCUCCACUGUUAGCCUCACCUCUGCUUUUGUGUUUUAGUCGUGUUUGUUGCAGCACGGCUUCAUCUGUCAGCAGGAUGACGAUGAAGUGUGUCCCUGUAUUUUAAAUGAGGCUAAACCACACGGAGGUCCUUUAAGGAUGGACGCCGUACUGUCAGAAAGCGUGGAAACCCCCACUCUGUCCCAUAAAGCAGAAGUGAGCUGAUAAGAGUUAUCAGGCUGAAGGAUUCAUGGUGGAGCAGUUAUACGUGUCCUCCAAUUAUUAACCCACCGAGUCAUUUAGAAACUCCGAAAAAUCAGAGUUAGUCCAGAAACUUCGAUCUGAGGAUUUCCUGAUUCCAUGAUAACGUGUUGAGGACAAAGUGAACUAGUUAUACUUUGAUGUAGGGCUGGGCGAUAUGGGGAAAAGAUUAUCAUGGUAUAUGUUUAGUCGAUGUCAUUAUAUAUCAGGAUAUAAAAAAUGAAAUUUAACAUUUAACUACUGCAUCUGUGAGAUCUUUGUGUCUCUUUGGCGUUUUGUCAUAAAGCCGACUGAAUGGUCGUCUGUUUCGGCUCCUCGCUCCUCUCGGGGUUUGUAACCUUCUGCGUUGCGCGUGCUCUGCGGCGUGGCGCUGCUUCAGGUGGUGAAAAAGAUUUGAGGUAUUCCCCGACUUUGUGAGAACAUGAACUCGACAUAAUUUACAGUCCACAUUACUCUGCUUCAUGUCCGACCUCCAAAAACCAAAAUACCUCCACACCACCGACGUUUUCCUAACGCCAGUGUUGUGGUUGACAUUGAUGUGGUCAUCUGUUGAGCCUUCAUGGUCAUUUCUGUCGGGGGUAGCACUCAUUUUCUUUGUUUCUCACCAACAGUGCUGUCGGCUUCACCUGUUAAAGUGCUAUGGUUGGGUGGAGCUGCUGUCUGCUACGACGCUGCAGUUGGUUGAUACUUGGUUCUAAUUCAGAACAUGAUUGGUUCAGACCCGGAGAAACUCCCCUUUUCAUUGGCUGUUCGUAAAGUCGACCAAAACAUGUCAGAAUGACGACUAUUGAAAAGGAUAUUGAUCAUGUUUGAUAUUGAUAUUUAGGGAAAUUAAUCUUUAAUAUAUAUAGUUAUCAUUUCAUCGACCAGCCCUAUGUUGAACCCAUGCAAAGGUUAAUCAAUAAACACGUCAUAUCUAAAUAAUAAGAUGUGAUUGAGCUGGAGCCUCGUUUUCUUGCUAGCAUUAGUUGUGGUGUUGAUCGGGCGUCCAGCUCCUUUUUCACCUCAUGUUCUUUUAUUAAACAUUUUUACGUUCCACUUGGUACAAUAACGAAAUAAAAGGACAACAAAUAAAUCGAGUCAGGUGUUCACAAAAGCAGUUUUGAACAGGAAGGUAUGGCGUGCUCUGAGGGGCUCUAAAAAACACGUCUACAACGCUCUCGUCUCCACCACUGUCCCCUGGAGUUUUCAGGAGGAUCGUCCGCCACACUAAGAGUUUGUUCUGUAUUUACAGUAAAGUCCUUAGAAAAUAAAAUAAAAUAGAAAAGUUUGGAGAGUCCGGGUCUGAAAGCUGAACGGAUUAACAGCAGAGCAGGAGGGGACAAAGCCAAGGGCACCCGGGGGUGAGGUCUGCCAGCGCCCCGGCAGCACAGGGCCUGUUUGUGUGGACUCCAGGAAUCCACACAGAAGCCUUCAGUGGGAAGAAAACAGAGAGGCUGUUUUUGUUUUCUCUUUUUUCUCCCUCUCUGCUAAUAGCCCGGACUUUAAUUUCACGCUGCGCUCAGAUUGCAGCGAUGACAAGGUGGUUUGAGUUCACCUGCAGGAGACGACGAGCAUCUUUUAGCCCUGAAGACGCCGCUGACACGUCUGAGUGUACGAUGAGGUUUUUCCUUUUCUGUGAAAAAUCCUGAACAAAAAUAACUGAAUUUCCCUGAAAUCACUUCAUCAGAUUAUGAACGGGUGGAUGAUGGAUGAGGGAGGUUUGGUGUUGAGUUUGCCGCGCUGGGAGGAAAGUGUUGAGACGAACUUUCUCAGCUGCUUUGUCCUCUGUGGAUGAAACUCUAACGGCGUGUCAGCGCCUCGUUGGCUCAUUUGUCCGUGAAUCAGUCGCUCCACUCCGGUGUGGUUGACAAAGCUCAGGUCAUACUCUUCAGUUCCAUGUCGGUUUCUCUUCUUAUUUCACCUUCAGUUAACCAGAGAGUUCAUGAUAAAAACAAACACAAAUUUACUCAUUUAUACCCUUAAACUCGAACCACAAAUGUUCAGGAAAUUUUACAGAUUUCAGGACGUAGAAGUCGAACGUUCAAAAGUUUUUCCUCUGCUAAACAUCAGUUUUGUCGUUGAUAAAGACGGUUUGUUGUUCCUCCUCCUUUCUUCAGCGUUGUGUGUUUGUGUUUGUCUCUGAAGGAUCUAUUUUUACCUGACAGUGUUUAAGUUUCGCUGCGUCGUUCUCAUGCCUCCUCUUUUGUUUUGCUCAGACCUUUUUUUUCUUCUUCUUCUUCUUCUUCUUCACGCUUCAAAUCCUCUCAUCAGCCACGCCCACGGAGGAGCUCUCUGUUUGUGUUUGUGUGCUGCGUGUGUGCAGAUGUUGUUGUGCACGCUCAUAUCUGUGCAUCUUAAAAGUGCAUGCAUACUUUAAUGCAUUUUUGCAUGCAUGUAUUUCCCUGUUUGUGUGCAUUAGUGGUCUGUGCUGCACAGAUUCUUGAGGUUACGGCCUCUGAGCAUCUAAAGGAGCUACUGUCUGCAUGAGCGACUCUGAAUGACAAACACACACACACACACACACACACACACACACACACACGGCGGUUAAUCAGGAUUAGGAUCAGAUAAUGCUGUCUGUUUAAACAAAAGGAAAAACAUACCUGUAACUUCUUUUCUUCACCUGCCCGUACCUGUUAGUGAAAAACAUUUCUCUAUUUAUAACGAGGUAAUCUGUCCACACCCUCAAAGAAGAACAAUCACAUGUGAGUGACUGUUGCAUGACAUCGGUCACACAUGCAAACUCCAACAACCGUCGCUGUAGUUACAUCAUUUAAUUCUGUUCGAUUAUAUUCGAGCACAUUCACAAAAAUAGUCUGACGUUCGGAUUUAAUUCAGUUCAACACAGUUUGUAAUAAAUCAGCUGCAGAAAAGUGCGACUAAACACCAAAAGAGAAAUAUAGAUUUUAAGUUCUCCCAAACUUUUCUUUGACCGUUUUCUUCAUCGUUAUUUUUAUUAUAAAUCUGCUGUUUCGCUCUUUUCUAAAGUGGCCCUGAGGUGCAAAACACAACUAUAUUAACCAUUGUGUUUUCUCUUUUGUCGUUGUGUUUUGCACCUAAGGGCCUCCGUACUUUUCGUUUGUACCAGUCAUAUCACAGCCACCUCAUCACAGUCUGCUGACAGGUUAACAGAAAUGUCCGAUUUUGACAUUUAUUCAUGUGUGAUUUCAGCAGAGGUGCGGUGUCGGUGGUUGUUUCUCUGUUUACAUCAACUUGUUUUUUUUUCUAUUACUAAAGAGCGAGAAAAUUUAUCAAAAUGUUUCUUAUUUCAUCAUAUUUUAUAGCAUCAUAUCCCAAUUAUUAUGUCUAACUUGAUGUGUUGCAGAAAAGUCGUCAUGUAAAGUUUCAUAUCCUACAGUAUCCUAUCAUAUCAUAUUAUAUACCAUAUUUCAUCAUAUAUUAUAUCAAGUCAAUGUUUAUUUAUAAAGCACCUUUGAAACAGCAGUCAAACAAAGUUCUGUACAUGAGAUAAAUAAAAGAGAUAAAUACAUAAAUAACAAUAGAACAUAAAAUAAAAACAGUAGAAUAAAAAACACAGACAGUAAAAGAAGAAAAGCUUCAGUUCCUCUGAUUCCUGUGAGCUCAUUUAUUAAAAGCAGGGAAGAAAAAGUGGAUCUUUAAAGAUGAUUUUAAAAAACUCUGUCAGGCUGUAAUAUUUGCUGUAAUCAUUUAUCAUAAUGUACCACAUUGCUGAUAAUGUGUCUUAUUUUAUUAUGUCGUCUUUGGCUGAGAAAAUCAAAUUUAAAGACAAUAAAGAGGCUUAAAAGAAAUCCGGACUUUGAUGUCAGAGUUCUUGGACUGCAGAUCUCAGAGUCGUCUUCAACCUUUUUUUUAAUCGUUUGUUUUUCUUUCAGACUCGGCUGGAGUUGGACAAAUACUUCCCCCAGGUCAACAGUCCACUCCUGACCGUCCCACAGACAGACCCCACAGACAAGAAGUACCGACGAGAGAGCGCCUCUGUGGUGGACGAGUACUUCUCCGAGGACAAACCCAACGCACCCUACAGCCUCAAUAUCAACGUCAUCCUCCCCAGCACCACCCACCUCCGCACGGGCCUCUACCGGCCCAACACCACCAAGACUCUGACGCCGCAGCAGAUCAAGACAGAACCGGGACUGGAGGUGCCCUGCUCCAUCUCCACCUCCAGCACUCAGGCCCUGCCGGACUUCACCUCUGUGUUCAGUGUCCCGCCCGUCGUCAACAACGUCUUCAUCAAACCAGAACUGAGUUCUGGAGGUGUGGUGAGCGUGCCCGCUGGCGCCCAGCAGCCGCCGCAGCAGCAGCAGCCAAACUUUGACGCAGAGCUCCACAUCGGACCUCAGCCCCCCCAGCCGCAGGUCUACCACAUGCCCGUCAGCAGCUGUGCCGACCUCACCAUGACUCUGACCCACAACACCCCGCACGUCUCCACCAGCGGCAGGACCAUCAUGAACCUCGGCGGGGUCGCGUUGCCGACAACCAACGGCAACUACCUUCUGGGGGACCACCAGCUGCAGCAGCACCAGGGUUACUACCAGGUCUCACCGAGCAACUCGACCCAGCACACGGCCCCCCACAGCCUGCCCCCCUCACCCCCGAACUCACAGCCAGGGAGUCCGGACGGUCAGGCGGAGCUGCUCACCUUGGCGCCACAAGCCCGGGCCUCGUAUCAGCAGCAUCUGGGGGGCAUUAAGGUCACGGGGUUGUCCCAUCACGCCAUGCUGAUGACGCACGGCCAGGGAGUCCUGACGGGUCCCAAAUACAACCGACGGAACAACCCGGAGCUGGAGAAGAGGAGGAUCCACUUCUGCAACUUCCAAGGUGUGUGGGUCAGCGUACCUGACAGGAAAUACAACACAGAAAUAGACAGUCAUGCAAUUUGACCCGUUCUCACACAACACGCCACACUUUACAUUUCUCACGCUUAUUUUUCUCUGUUCAAUACUCUUGGCUUGCCGUAGUUCAAGUAACUGAUUGACUGACCGAGAUAACCAAUCCCAGACCAAUCCAUCGGUCCUUUGUGCCUAAUGCUGUGUUUGAGUUUCCUCGUCACACCCGAGUUCCCAGCGUUUCAGUUACCAAGUCAAAAAAAAGCAAAAUCUGAGGCUGAAACAAGAUGGCUAAGUCUACGAAAGUUACUUCAGCACUUGACUUAUAUUCGGACAAGGCAAGCGCUAAAAUAACUUUCGUAGAUGUAGCCAUCUUGUUUCUGCCUCUGAUUUUGAUUUUUUCAGACUCUGUAACUGAAACACUGAGUUUUUUUUGGGUCUUGGCGUCUCUGACUAUCUUUCACACACAACAGCGCCGACGUUUAAAACCCACUCGACCUGAUACAAUAUUGACACAUGAAUGUAUUUUGCCGAAAUUCUUGUUACAAUUUUCAUUUCUAAUUUUGGUUCAUUAAGACGAGUAUUAGGGAGAGCAGCUGUCAUGGAGGUGAGAACAUCAGUCUCAGGGUAUAAAUCAACGUUAAAAAAAGCAACAAAAAAAUUCGCCGCCAAACACGUCACAACGCUAAAAUCUGACUCUUGUCAUUUUCUGAAACUCGGCCGCCCUGAUCCUGUGUUUGCAGCUCUAAUGAUAUAAAUGUAAAACUGUAAAAUCCACUGACUCUGUGAGACCGGCAGCUUUCCUUUGUUUUGGUUUGUCAACAUCUGUGAUCAGCUGACAUGUAAAGGUCCAAUCAGAAACCACGUUUUACCGUCUCAGCAGUAAAGGUCAUAAAAGUGGAAAACCUGCCCAGGUCACUUUUUUUUUCCAACACAGAGACAGAUAAGAAAACACAAAUUUGAUUGAUAAGCAGAAUCUGUAACAGAGUCGAUAUCAAUCAUAUCUUAUCGAUUCUCAUCUCCAAAGACAUAAAUAACUGUGUUUAUGAAGCAGUAAAUUUUUGAGAUAAUUCGACAUGAAUGAGAUGUCCAUGUUUUCGUUUGUCUCUGUCUCAGGGGUCAAAGGUGACACACGGCCUGUUUUCAGAUAAACAGAUUUAUGGAGGAGGUGAAGUGUGUCAGGUGAGGACGUUUUCUAACCGUCUCUCUCUCUGAUUUCUUUUCAGGCUGCACCAAAGUUUACACAAAGAGCUCUCAUCUGAAGGCGCACCAAAGGACGCACACAGGUGAGACACCGGUUACCUGAACCUGAAAUACACCGACAGGAACUGAACACCCAGAUCUCUGACUUUCUUUGGCAUGGCUGAACUCCACCUUAGAUUUACCUUCAGUUCAGAAAAUGUGAGAAAUUUGGAGACUAGUAAAGAUCCGCUGUCUUCUUCGCCUACGCUCGGAUAAAACAUCACUUGUUCGCAGAGAUAGUUGGUGUUUAUCUUCUACAGGGAACACGCACAGCGGUCAGUUCUCUGUUUAAGCUGCUUUAAGAUGAUAUAAGAUGGACUUUUAAUGUGGUCCAGUUCUUGAGUUUUGGUCGGAGUUCUUAGAAAAGAGUUCAGUUUUGUGGUAGAGUUGACCCCGUCUGCAUUUUGGUUCUCUUGACUCUUUAUCGACGAAGGAGACGAGCUGACAGCAUCCCUGCAGCUACGACUCGUGCUGUUUUUGUCGGCCUGUUUAAAUUUUAGUUUUAGUCUUUGUGUCGAACUGUCUUUUUAGUUUUAAUCAGUUUUAGUCACGUUCAGACUCAUUUUUGUUUGGUCAUGUUUUAGUCGACUAAAACUCUGAGCAUUUUAGUCGAGUUUUAGUCAGAAUAGCCCAUGACUAUUUAAGUCUAUUUAAGUCUAUUUUAGUCUAGUUUUAGUCAAUGGUUUUAAUCUCUUUUUAGUAAUGUAAUUCUGUCUAACCCAGUUAAUAUAGUAUAAUUACCUAGUAUAGUUUAGAAUACAUAAAACCAAAUUUUUCUUGUAGUCAAACCCAUUUCACAAAUCAAACAUGGUUAUCUUAUUAUUAUAUUAUUAACUUAUAGACUAAAGAAAACAUCCAUUCAGACUCUGAGCUGACUGCUCACACACAAGCUAGACACACACACGAGCACUGCACACACACAUGCUGAGCUAACGUCUAACGUGAAAACGUCUAAAAAUACUGCGAGUUAGGGGAUUGAGGAUGUGACGUUGCCGAGGAAACAGAAAACGGUAACAAUGCAACCAAACAAUUUCGUCUCGUUUUAGUCAACAAAAAUGAAGAGACAUUUGAGCAGAGUUUAUAUUUUGUAAACCACAUUUAAUCUCGUUUUAUUUGUCAACAAUAUUGAAUUUUAUAUUUAGUUAUAGUUAUCAUCACAAGACCACCGUUUACGUUUCGCCUCGUCUCGUUUUUGUCAUGUGACAAAGGUUCAUUAAUAACAAUAUUUCGUCAUAGUUUUCAUUGAUGAAAGCCACACUAGCUACAACCACUCUUAAAAACACUGAACUAUCCCUUUAACUAUUCCUAAUUUACUCAGGUCUAAUCUACCGUCUUGUAAAUGUGUGAAGGAUGACUGGAUUUCUGAGUCGGGGGAUGAAAAGGAAAACGGUGAAAUUUUACGUCUGUAUUUUUGACGAAUGCGACUUUUGGGGGAUCUCUCUGAUUUCUUAUUCAGGGUGAAAUUUGAAAAAAAAAACCUUAAACUAAUCCAGCUGCGCUCUCUUCACUCAUACCUUCAGUUAACUCUUCCUGUCACUUCUUAAUUUGUCUCACUGCCGGUUCGGACACGCCCUGUAUCUAUAAGAAGAAUAAUGAGGAACACAAUCAAAAGUAAAGACUUCUUAUAAGGAGUUUGAGUUUUUUCAUCAGCGUGUCCGAACGUGCUCGAACCUGCCGGCUGAGACAGAACAAAGAGCGGAGGAGGGAGGAGGGGAGGAAGAAGGAAAGAGGAAAAAAAAGAGGGAAGACACGCUCUUUAAACGAAGGCCAAACCAGUUACUCCUGCUUUUCAGUCUCCUCUCACAGGAUGGUGGGGGGUGUUCAAGAAUGGGGGAAGGCUGGUUUCGAUGUGUUCCCCCUCUGUAAGAUGAAACCUGUGGAUUCCCAGCAGCCUCCGACCAGGACUCUGCAGAUUUACUCAUGCGAUAAAAGCCGCUAAACCCCUUUUGGUGUGAAUAGAGUGACGGAGGAGAGCGGGGAAGUGCACGUGAACGAGAUGAGCAAACAGAAACAGAUCAUAAAUAGAUCCGAUGAAAGUUUAUUGGUCCUGGUGGGGAAGUUUGGUUGUUACAGCAGCAGGAUCCUGCAGAGAUGAGGGCAAAUAGACCAUAAAAUAUGAAAAGAGAAGAGUAAACAAGAUAAUAGAUAAUAAAGAAGAGAGAGAGAGAGCGGAGGAAUUUCAGAAAUACACUCUUAUUAUUAUAACGACCGUGUUAUGAGAUGAUCUUAGUCUGAUGUUUCCGAGGUCUUGGUGAAGUCGUCACGUCCUCCAUGAAUCAGGCAGAAACGUUCACUUUUGGAAACAACACGCCGCUUAAUCUGGUGACAACAGACGCACAAUAAGGUCUCUCUCACUGUCUGCACUCGUAUAAACUCAGACAUCGCAAAAACAAAGAAACAAAAACUAAAGCUAACUGUCAGACAAGCUACGCCAAAACAUGCACAUGGUGAGUCGAAAUGACUGAAAACACGGUGAAAUGAUCGUACAAGAAUUAUAGAAGUGAUCUCAAACAUGUUAAAUAAAAUUUAAAUACUUUUAACAAGAAAAACAAACUUAUUUCGUAGCAUUUUAGCAGAGUUUAUUAGCACACACUACUCUCAUAGCGUAGACUGGCAAAGACGCUGCAGGGAGCCCCAGCAGAGGGCGCUCACGUCACACAGUCCCAGCGGAUAUGCAUUAGGAUUCAUUGUAAACAGUAUUUAAUAGUGUUUAAACUAUUAAUAUAUUGGGAUAAUUACAUUUUAUGCAAAGUGAUGGCGAGCGGAAUCUUUAACUCCUCUACUUUUGCAUGAUACGUGAAAUACUGUCAGUGGCGAGGCUGAAUAUCUUGGAUUUGGAAAUUUAACAGGGCUAACUUUUCAACGUUUCUUUUGAAAAACCCUCAUGUUAUAAAAACCCUCACAUAUGUGCAAAAGAGUGAGUUUUUAGGGGCGUGAAAAGACCUCCAAAUGCAGGAACAUUUAAACUGAGGGAAAUUAAAGUUUGACCACUCAGAAAUGAAGCGUUGCCUACACUUAUAAAAACUAAAUCAAUAUUAAAUGUUCAAUAUGACCUUUAAAACAGUGUUUAAUAGUUAAAGAAGACCUAAAAAAUCUCCUUUUCUAUCCUGUUAACAAACUCCUGUACCCUACAGGAGCAACUGCAAGGAGGUAAAUUCAUGAUACUCACUAAAUCUCUAAAAAGUUGCAGCGUUUCGGACCCCAGACCCCAGACUGAACUUCCUCUUUGUGGGAUUCAGCAGCAGUUGUUUCUGGUAACUGUAUUUGGUUCUGCUCUGAAUCUCAAAAACAGGCUCGUAAUCCGGCAAAACCAGGCCUGCCGAGUCUUGUUGGUGAUGACUCAUGAGUUAGAAACGUUGAGAGCAGGAAAUGUUCGGAAACAAAAUAAAGUAACUCAUACCAGAGUGAAGAGGUCGACGUUUUCUCCCAAAAACUGUAAUUUAAUAUCAUUUAAACAGACCGAUCAGUCUUACGUUAUCUUUGGAGUUCCUCAGGGCUUUGUCCUCGGUCCUCGCCUCAUUUUAAAUUUUGUUCCUCUGCAGAAUCUAGUGUACCUGUGCAGCUCUAUGACACGAGGUGAAGAAAACACCUCCAACUGUAGCACAUUAUCAAUCUACAUGUUGCAUCAACGCCCCCAUGAUGUCGGCAGAGGUUGCUUUAAUGUGGCGGUCUAUUAUCUCUCGUCCAUCAUACACCUGUUUCAGUUCACUGAGGGUGAGAAAUGUCGUUCCUCCUGAGGCCGUCGUAUCAGGAAAUGGUCUUUAAAAAAUGUUAUAAAUCUUCUGAGUAUCACUUUCAUUUUAUUCUCUUUGUAGGACGCCGUUUCAGAGGUUAAUACCCGUUUACAGAGCAGGCGUCGUGUUUCUGAGAAAUCAUGGAGAUAGACCUUCGCUGAAGUUAGUCAGCUGCUGGUGUGGAUUUGUAAAGAUCAGGUUUACCUUUGUGUGGCGUGGUCUAAACUGUCACUACUGAAUAAACCUUGAGUUUAGCAGCUCCAGAUGGAAAGUCCAGUUUGAUGUAAACUGUCUGUUUCCAUGUUUAUCCUUCUCCCUGGAUCAGCUGGUGGAUAACACUCAGACUGAAUAAGAUCCGGAUCAGCUGACUCACUAGACUCUGUUUUUAAAGUCCAGGUUUCAAAGUGGGUUAAUUUGGAUCUUUCUGCUGUGAGACUUAUCUGUCGCUGAACUGGAUUUACAGGAGUCUAACACCCUGAAGUUUUGUACAAGUUUUACUUAAAGGGAUAUUCUGGUGUAAAAUUAAUUUGGGGUCAAACCCACCGUAACCCCGAGUUAGACCCCCCCUCCAGAGAUGAAUGUUGUCGACCGCUUGCUUCUCUAGUUAUACCAACUUUAGUAACGACUGCAGGAUAGAAAUACACAACGGUCUGAGGAGACACCAAACAUCUUUUUAACUUUGACUCAUUUUAGCAAAGAGACUAAACACAACUCACCUACUCUCUUCCAGCAGACGCUUGUUUGUAGAGAGACCUCAGGCCAGUCCAUUACGGACUACAGCGGGGUGUCGCAGCUCAAGGAAGAACAUUUAUGAUCAUUUUGAUCUGCAGACGCUGUAGUUCUUCUGUCUUAGCGUCUCGGUCUGAUUGUAUUUCCAUGAAGAAAUGAUCAUAAAUGUUCUUCCUUGAGCUGCGGCACCCCGCUGUAGUCCGUAAUGGACUGGCCUGAGGUCUCUCUACAAACAAGCGUCUGCUGGAAGAGAGUAGGUGAGUUGUGUUUAAUCUCUUUGCUAAAGAAAUGAGUCAAAGUUAAAAAGAUGUUACUAAAGUUGGUAUAACUAGAGAAGCAAGCGGUCGGCAACAUUCAUCUCUGGACGGGGGGUCUAACUCGGUGUUACAGUGUGUUUGACCCUAAAUUAAUUUUACACCAGAAUAUCUCUUUAAGUUUGUAUUUUUUUUAAAAAGGGGCGAAAACAAACAAAAACCAGAAGAAACUAAAUGAUAAAAUCUGAUUAUAUAACGUCGUCCUAGAAUAACGUUUCACAGGAAUGUGAGAGCACACUUCCAAACCUUCUGAUCAUACUUUCGUCCUCUUACGUAAGUGAACCUCUUAAACACUUAUAUCACUAUUAAAACACACACACACACACACACACACACACACCCUCCAAUCAGUGUGUCAGUGUUAUCAGUGGAGCUGAUCAAUCAAAACAUGAACCACCUGAAGGCUGUUACGGAGCGUCAAUCUUUCAUUCACGCUUUUCUAUCAUAACAACCUCCUCCCCCCGCUGACAACCUUGACCGCGGCCUCAGCAGCGAUUUGAACGCCGUUAAAGUCAAUGAGCAACUUCUGUAAUUGUGUGUGUGUGUAGCUGUGUGUGUAGCUGUGUGUCUGAUCGGCCCUGUUUGGGAACCCUCCAGCCCUCUUUACAAACAAUAACUGAGCUGAUAAAACCUGAAGGUCCACACAGAGGGAGUUUAUAGACGUCCUGAAAGAGCCUGGAAGUGUUUGCUCUCUGACGCCGUAAAAAAAAGAAAAACCACAGACUCAGGUGGUUUUCAAACGCUGUUUUGAUUCUUCUGAGGAGUUACAGGACGGCGUGGAGUGUCCUCUGAGUUUUUCUUCUGGUUUGAUCGUUUUUGCACAAAGACUUUUUAACGGUUUGACUUUAACAAACUUCACAUUUGAAACUUUAAAUCUGAUCAUUUUAAACUGAGUAAUUAGUCUGGAUUAUUUCAGGAUUAAGACGUCUAGAAUUAAAGAAAGAAACAGGCUUGGUUUACGAUAGUGGCAGCUCAGCUGUCAGCCCCCGACGUCCCUCCAAAGAGCCGCAGAAAAACUCAGAUUUCAAACAUGAAUCUGUUUUUAUAACUAAUUUAAUAGUUCACUUGGUCUGUGAGUUUUAAUCAUUUUGGAUGAGUUGACUAGCGGUCGUCAAAUAUUGUUUUUUUAAGGCCAGUAGAGAUAACAAAGUAGGUCAUGAGACAUUUAAAUAUUAAACAGAUAUAGACAAGUUUAUUAGUAAAGCACCGUUCAUACACAAGGUAAUUAAAAGUGCUUUACAUAAAAGAAUAAGAUAAAAAGAGAGAAAUUAAAACAAUUUAAAAUCAAAAAGACAAACAGAUCAAUGUUUUCGUCUGUUUUCGUCUUUGCCCAGAACGCCAUGAAAACCAUCAUUUCCCUGAAAAAUGAAAUAAGUCACAAGUUUUCAGACCCCCCACUGAGUCAUUUUUGGUCUAAUAGACGUCUAAAUGUAGCCGAGACGACUAGUCUAAAAUCAGGCUAACACAGGUUAAAAAUGAAAGUUUUUUAGACGUCUAAAUUUAGACCAAGUCUAAAUCUGGUCUAUAUCUAUACCACUCUGUAUUUUGCUCAAUGGCUAUCAUAAUUAUUUUGGUUUAGUACUUGAAGAUCAGUUAUAAACUCACAGUUGCUUUUUGAAAUAAAGUUAUUGAAUAACGGGUUAAAGUGCAACGUCUGAAUACCAUCUACAAAUAUACAGAAUCUAGACGAUUGAAUUAGGUCUGAAUUAGGUCUGUCGGGUUAUGGUUAGGAGAUUCAGAAGUGCGAUAAUGUUCUGUCCGCGUUCGGCUUGAGCGUGUGAUGACGUUUCCAGUUUUUCUAGCAAAUCAGAGGCGAAGGAGGCGGGACUUACCCCUACCAUUCUACAAAAAAAAAAUAUUGCAUCCCGGACCGUAAUUAGUUUUAGUUUUUAGAUAAUCAGCUGUCAAAAAACAGAUUAGUUGUUGUUCCCCUUAAAUCUUGUAAAUUAUGAUAAAAUCCUAAAAAUAAACCAAACGUGAGCAGCAGCUCAGCUCACAGCCUCCAUUUACAUCUCGUCUCAGAGGAGUUUAAGAGAGGCGCUUUUUAGCUCUAAAAAAAAAAAAAAGAAAAUAAAUUAAUUUAGAGAUUCUUUUUUUUCUAAAAUAAAAGGAAAAUCUUCUGAUUCUCCAGGUUUCAGCAGCACUAUGGACCUCUGUGAUAAACGUCGUAACAUCGUGAAAAGAAGAUCGUAGUUUCCGGUUUAGUAAAGUCGUAGAGCAGACCGACCUCCUGAUCUCUCCUGGAGUGUUUUCACCCCGGAGUGAGAGGAACGUGAGUCCUCCUAUAGAGAGUAAACAUAGAUGUCCUGUCAGCCUGUAAGAAAAGCUUUUUGUCUCCGUUUGAUUGAUGAUCCUGCCGCACUGCCUCAGUGAGUGUGUGUGUGUGUGUGUGUGUUGUUGUGUUUGCAUGUGUCCAUUAAGGGUUAUGAGGUAUUCAGACACACACUCGUUAGUGAAUGUUUGAGAAACAUACAGAACAAAUCGAGCGUUUCUAAUCGACCGUCGAACAAAACAACAAAUCUCUGCAGGAGCUUUAAAGUGACGAUGAUGAUGAUGAUGAUGAUGAUGAUGAUGAUGAAGAUGAUGAUGAUGAUGCUUUUUGGAUGUUUGAUCGUGUUUUUAGCAGCUCAGCUCUCAGCCUCUCUUUAAAGACACUUUUUCACAGAAAGACUGCAGUUGUUUAUAAAAACGUAAACACCUUCAGAGAGAAUUAAAACCUGAAAGUGUAAUCUGCUGAACAAACGCCGUCUCUCUUUAAAGCGCCGUAUAGAUGGAUGGUUUUCAGGUUUGCACCUGACCUUCUGGCAGCUCAUUAAAGAGUCUAUACCGGUCAAGUGUGUUUGUUCUGUGCAUGUGUGUGUGUGUGUGUGUGUGUGUGUGUGUCGUAUUUCACCCACUUGUUUGCCAUCCCUCGGGGAUAAUAGUCAGAGAGAGGCGGCGGUGGCGGCGGUGCUUUGACCCCGAUGGAGCAGCUAUAGAGUCAAACCAAACACACCUGCAGGAGCGUCCCGGCCUUUUUAUACCAGGACAUUUGUACAAACACACAUAAAGAGCAGCGAACUCCUCCAGAAACAGGAUAUUGUCCUGACUGCGGGCUCUGAUGUGGGAUUAGUCGGAUUAAAGAAGUCUAAAAAGACGAUUGUUGUCUUUGUGGGGAUUAAAAACCGACUCUUUAUUUAUUAAAAACCUCCUCAGAUUAAAAUAAAACACAGAUUAACUCUCGUUAUCUCGGCGCCCCCUCUGCUCUUUGGACCCCUUUACUCAGCUCACAGCUGUCACCUGGUGAUUGAUGACCAAUAGCAGAUAUCUCCUGGUAUUGAUUAGAGAGUCUCAUAAACGCAGUAUCAGGGCUCACGCUGCUAAUGAGAAAAAGGAGGUCCUCGCCUCUCUGCUGGGAAAAGACUGCACACCUGAGGGGCGGUCUUCACGUACCGAGGGGCGGGUUUUCAGCAAAAAUCAAAAUAAUUCAUAAAACAUCUUUAGGCAGAGAGAGCAGCAGCAAAGAGUCGGCGUGGAGACGUCACUCAGAGACGAUCAGACUUUGUUUUCUUUAAAUUAUUCUCAUUUUUAUUGUCAGCGUUGUUUUUUGUUUCCUCAGCCGCCUGUUCAGCUCUUCUGCGUCGAUGAUUAGCUCACUGUUUGGUCGCGGCACGUUGCUGCACGGCUCAGAAAUGUUUGGGUGUGGUUGGAUGGUGUUGUGAUAGAUUUGUUUGGCUUCUUAAUCUCAGGCGCUCUCAGUUCCUGUUUUCUACCUGCCUGUACGUUUACACCCAGAGGAGGGUUUCAGUCCUAACAUCAGGGGUGAUGUUUAUCCUGGACGCUUGUGUGUAAAACGAGGACAAAAUGUAGUUUGUAAUUCUUUUAAAGCUCAGAUAAUGCAUGCACAGUUUGUCUCAUCCUGCAGCAUUAAAAUCAGUUUUUGGUUUGAACAAGAAGAUUUGUGUCAAGUCUGAAAAUCUUUUGUUUCUGAUGCAAAAGUUCAGGGGUGCAAGAAUUCAUAAUCGAUUCCUCCUGUCUGACUUUUCCUCACUUUUCCUCUCGUCUGUGUGUUUCAGGGGAGAAACCGUACCGCUGCACAUGGGAGAGCUGCGACUGGCGCUUCGCCCGAUCGGACGAGCUCACCCGACACUACAGGAAACACACCGGAGCCAAACCCUUCAAGUGCGUCGCCUGCAGCCGCUGCUUCUCCCGCUCCGAUCACCUGGCCCUGCACAUGAAACGCCAUCAGAACUAA